AUGGCGUCCCAAGACACUCCUGUUUCCAGGCGUCUCCGGUCUGUCAAGCACAUCAUCAUUGUUCUAUCUGGCAAAGGCGGCGUAGGCAAAUCCUCCGUUUCCGCUCAGCUGGCCCUUAGUCUGUAUGCCAGUUCGCCUACAGCCCGUGUAGGCAUUCUGGAUGUCGAUCUGACUGGACCCUCGAUACCAAGGAUGCUAGGUUUGGAUGGACAUGGUGUUCACCAAAGUACCGACGGAUGGGUACCUGUUUACGCCGAUGGUAGUGAAGCCAGAUUAGCCUGUAUGAGCGUCGGCUUCCUGCUUAAGAACAAGGCCGAUUCGGUAGUUUGGAGAGGGCCGAAGAAGAAUGGUAUGAUUCGGCAAUUUCUGAGCGAUGUUCGGUGGGGAGAGCUGGAUUACCUUGUUAUCGAUACUCCUCCCGGGACUUCCGACGAGCAUUUGUCUCUCCUUGAACACAUGGCCCCAGUUCAUUCUCAGCUAUCGUCCAUCAUCGUAACUACCCCACAGGCGGUCGCACUCAUGGAUGUUAUCAAGUGUCUGUCAUUCACCAAAGCUGUAAAUCUCGCUGUGUGGGGUCUCAUCGAAAACAUGAGCGGCUAUGUCUGUCCGUGCUGUGGAGAGAUCAGCAACGUUUUCUCCACGGGUGGAGGAGAGGAUAUGGCAAGAAAGGAAGGGUUGCCCUUUCUUGGAAGCCUGCCCGUUGACACAGAGUUGGUGACCUUGCUUGAUGCCAGUGAACCGGCGUGGAUGGAUGGAGCGCCAGGUUUUCGUGUCUUGGAACGGUAUAAAUCCACGCCUUCGGCUCGGAUAUUCGAGUCUAUUGUUCAGAAAAUACUGCAAAGUUCUGCCUAG